AUGUACCAAAUGUACAAGGAUAAUCAUAUUCAUAAUAGUACUGUGUCCAGAUUUAUAUAUGAAAGAGAAUUUCAUAAGUUAAAGUUAAGUUUUAAAAAGCCCAAGGUAGAUACUUACCAUAAAUGUGAUAAUCUUCAAAUGCAAAUUAAAACUGCAGAAGAAUCCAAAAAUGAAGAUAUGCUGAUAACUUAUAGAAAUACUUUAAAUAUACAUCAAUCUAAUGCAGAUCUUGGUUAUAGCAGUAAAGCUAUUGAUAAAGAAAUCUCCAAGAAUAAUCCUGAAAAGGAAUGUUUUUCAUUUGAUUUGCAGCAAUGCUUACCUACGCCAUAUCUGCAGUCUUCGCUAGCAUUUUAUAAAAGACAGCUAUGGACAUUCAAUUUAACUAUCCAUAAUAACGCUGAUGGCCAAUCAUUUAACUACAUGUGGCAUGAAGCAGUUGCUGGCAGAGGUGCUAAUGAAAUCGCUUCUUGUUUAUUUAAACACUUGAUUAAUAAUACACCAAACAAUGUAACUGAAGUUACAUUUUACUCUGACACUUGUGGUGGACAGAAUAAAAAUUCUCAUGUAUCGGCCAUGUUCCUCAAAAUCAUUCAUAUGUUGCCUAAUAUAAAUAUUAUAAAUCAUAAAUUUUUAGUUUUAGGGCAUACUCACAUGGAGUGUGAUGUUGACCAUUCUCUAAUAGAAAAACAGAAAAAAAAUUCAAAUUCCUAUAUUCCACCCACAUGA